AUGGAAGUACCAGCACUGGGGGCAAAUUUGUUCAAUAUGUCGAAUUACUCAGAAAAUAUUGAUUCUAAUGGAAAAAUGGAUGAUCAACAACAAAAAACGCCAGAAUAUUUGAUUAAUGGAAGUGCAUCAACAGUCAUUCCAAAGUUAACGCAAGAUGUAUUGAAUUCAAGUGAAAAAACCAAAACAGCGGAUCGAGCGAGUGGCUUAUCUAUCCCUGUUGAUGUAGUUUCAAUAAUGCCUGCUGCACAACUUGAUCAAGAAGAGGAGCCUGUUAUAGAAGACAAUCAAGUGAGAAAAGAAGGAACGAUAGCGACUGCACCGUUUUAUAUAAUCACGUUAGACGAGCGAAAAACAUUAGAAAAACUUAAAAAAGUUAAAACAGCUAUUUUAUUGUGCAAUAAAUUGGUGGUUUCGACCAAGUCGGAUUUGAUCGCGCUUUCAACUCAUUGCGAUGUAAUUGUACGAGAUAAAGCGAUCGAUCAAUUAAUUAAUGAAAAAUUGUUAUUCAAAUUAAACGAUUGCUUUGUAUCACGAUCAAAAACAACUGGAAAACUAAGUUUUGAACCUGGCUACAUCAAACAAAUACCAAAAAGUUCAGGCUUAGUCGAUAAAACAGAAGUUAGUUUGCCAUUGUAG